ACCGGGGUAAUGUAUUGCGGCAUCAGCGUUGGUAAGCGUGGUAUUUUCCGGAAGUUGCGAAUGGGCGCCUGCUGUUUCAUGAGUUCCAAUUUCCAUGCAUCUAAGCCGAGAAAAGUCCAACUCCCUUGGUGUUGGUUUAAGCUGAGCUGACGCAUAGAAAUGGUAUUGGAGUGAAUGGAAGAUAGAACACAAGCUGUGAGGGCUGGCGCUGGACGAGUCGUCUGAGAAGUAGGGGCCAGCGAGGACCAUCGACCGCACCGCCAUGGAGCGAGCACCAUUGAAGCAGAAAGUAAACUCCACCUUCAGGCUGAAUGGCUACACCUUGAAAAGUGAGGCCGCCAACUACGUCGUGGAGGCUUUGCUGCAAGUGAGUGAACAGCAGCGGCAGCUGUGGCUGGACAAGAUCCUGCUCACCAUCCAGAAGCAGCCGCUGGACUCGUGCAACAUCGACCGGGAGCUCAUCCGCAGCGUUCUGCAGGACUGCGUCAGCGAGACACGGGGCGAGGUUGACUUCUUUAUGGUGUUUGACGCAUUUAGCUUCCCGUCCUUCACGUAUUGCACCAACAAGCAGAAGUUCCUGAAGGAUGACCUGCUUGGUCUGCCUCCCAAGUCUAUCCUUCCUGAUGGCGUCGCCUCGAAGGCCGAAGUUUUCAGGAGCAGGUACCACUUGAUCCAGCAGCGUUGCCUGCGUAACGAGCUGUUCCGAGCGGAGGGCGCGGUGGGCGGCCGGCGCCGUUUCCGGCUACAGCCGGUGGAGCUGCUGCUGGGCUCCUCCAGUCGGCUGACAGACGUGCUGGUGCUGGGUAUGCUCACCCAGCUCACCGAGGGCAAGUUCUUCCUGGAGGACCCCACCGGCGCCGUCCAACUCAACCUCGACGACACCAAGUUUCCGAUCGGCAUGUUCUCUGAAGGCUGCUUCGUACUGUGCGAGGGCAGCUACGACGACAACGUGUUUGACUGCACCGUGAUGGGCUUUCCUCCAGCCGAGGACGCCGAGACGUUCCGGAACCAUUUUGGAAACCAAAAUAUGUUUGGAGGACCAAAUCACAUUUGUGCGCGGGCCAACACUGAGCUUCAAGUGCUGGAAAAACAGCUAGAUGGCAGCAUGUUUGUCUUCCUAUCGGACGUCUGGCUGAACCAGCCUCAGGUGAUGGACCGCCUGCGACGCCUUUUCGACGGCUUCAAGGACUCUCCGCCCACGGCCUUCGUCAUGAUGGGCAACUUCUCCGACGCGCCAAGGAACGCCAACAGCUACAAGGAGCUGCGAAACCACUUCGUGCUGCUGGGCGAGAUGGUGGCCAAGGUUCCCGAGCUGAAGGCCUCCCGGUUCGUGUUCGUGCCGGGCCCCACCGACCCCGGCAUCGCACCCAUUCUUCCCAGGGCCCCGCUGCCAGCCUACAUAUCUGCGGAGUUUCAGAAGCGGAUACCUAACUCGGUGUUCACGACGAACCCUUGCCGCAUCCAGUUCUGUUCGCAGGAGAUGGUCGUGUUCCGGGAGAACGUGCUGUCUAAGCUCUGUCGGCACGGCAUCUACUACCCGACCGAGAACUGUCCUGACAUCCCGCCCCACUUCGUGACGACCCUGGUGUCGCAGUGUCACCUGGCGCCGCUGCCGCCGCACGUGUGCCCCGUGUUCUGGCAGCACGACCACGCGCUGCGGCUCUACCCGCUGCCGGACGUGAUCGUGUGCGGCGACAAGUUCGACCACUACAGCACCACCAAGCUUGGCUGCACCGUCAUCAACCCGGGCUCGUUCCACAAGGAGUAUAUGUUCAAAGUGUACCUGCCCAGCUCUCGGACUUGUGAGAACUCACAGAUCAGCGACGACAGCUGAUCUUGUCGGCCCCUGGGCUGGCUGCGGGCUCAGAUCAGACGGUGACUGGUGGGGAGUGGCGUGUCGGCCAUUGCCCGCGUGUCUGGACCCGGCGCUAGAUCCGCUGCGGGUGCCAUGGCCGAUGGUGCAGAUGAUGAUGGCCGGGGGUGCAGCUCGAUAGCCUGAGGCACUCCGUCUCGCAUUUCUACUACCAGCCGGUGACCUGCGAGCGUCCUGGAGAUGCCGCCCGACGCCGUGACGACACGCGGCGGCGACGGCGUUCGUGAGCCGGGGGCGCUGCUGCGGACGCGACGGUGUGUACUGCGGCGGGUGUCGUGAGCCGGGGGCGCUGCUGCGGACGCGACGGUGCGUACCGCGGCGGGUGUCGUGAGCCGGGGGCCGCUGCUGCGGACGCGACGGUGCGUACCGCGGCGGGUGUCGUGAGCCGGGGGGCGCUGCUGCGGACGCGACGGUGGGUACCGCGGCGGAUGUGAGCCGGGGGGCGCUGCUGCGGACGCGACGGUGGGUACCGCGGCGGAUGUGAGCCGGGGGGCGCUGCUGCGGACGCGACGGUGUGUACCGCGGCGGAUGUCGUGAGCCGGGAGCUCUGCUGCGGACGCGACGGUGCGUACCGCGGCGGGUGUCGCGAGCCGGGGGGCGCUGCUGCGGACGCGACGGUGCGUACCGCGGCGGGUGUCGUGAGGCGGAGGCGGUCCCGAUGGGAGGCUCAGGCCGGCGCGGCUCCGACCGACUGCCCGCUGUGGUCGGGCUGAUGACUCCGAGUGCUCGCUGCUGGCGGUGACGUGGGGAUG